AUGUUAUUCCCUGUAUGCAAUGAGUUUAGGUGGUUUAAAUUUUACGCGUUUGAUUUCUCCCCCAGAGCAAUUGCUCUGAUGGGGGAACGAGCCAAAAGACUUGGGUUUUCUGUUGAAGUUAUCCUAUGUGAUUUAACGGCUUUUGAAACCAUUAAACCGCUCCACUGGCCCGAAGCCGACAUUACGACGCUAGUUUUUGUGCUAAGUUCUAUAAGCCCUAAUAACCAUGAACGAGCGGUUCAAAAUCUGAAAAAGUUUGUGCGGCUUGGAGGUACAGUAAUUGUGCGGGAUUACGGAUUUAAUGAUCAUGCUAUGUUGCGGUUUGGACGAGGUUCGAAACUUGGGGAUAGAUUUUAUGCCCGACAAGACGGUACCAGAGCCUUCUACUUUGACAAAGAGGAGCUUGAUAAUUUAUUUGUGAACGCUGGCUUCAGAAUAGAAAAAAGCGAGUGCCUUUUUCGUAAAACUAUCAACCAUCAGAAACGGCUGUCGGUUGACCGCAUUUUUGUUCAGGGUGUCUACGUCAGAAUUAGCUGA